AUGCCAGCUGCGGCAAAUACAAAGGUCGAAGAGGUGCUUGAGCAUCUCCGAACCAAUGGCCCGCAUAUAGACGAGGAAUCCAUUCGAUCUGCCUUGAAACAGGAGGACGGCUCGGACUUCGCAGAGUGGAUCAGUACCUACCUGACUAUUGACACCGUCCUGUCUCCUGACGAGCUCGCCUUAUACAACGCUUUGGAAAAGUCUGGCCAGGCAGAGCAGUUCGCGCGAGAUGACGGCUCUUCGGUGCUCCCCGUGAGAGAUGUCGACCUGAAGCGCGCCAUCGAUGAGCUGAAUCGUUCAACCGAGGCUAUCUCCAAGCACACAGAGAGUCUUCGAUUACAGCAGGAUGCCCUGUCGCGCUUGGUGAAAGAGCAAGCCACGAAGGAGUCUCGCCACCGCGAUUUGCAAGCCAAACAGCACCAGAGCAGUGAAUCUGCACGGCAAAAGCUGCAUGCCACGAUUGAGGAAUUAACCCAGAUGCUCUCUGUUUAUGUCACGGAAUUGGAGCAUCAAAGCAAGGGCAUCGGGAAAGAUCUUCAGCAGCGCGUCGAGACCCUUCUCCAAUCUGAUGAUAAGCUGCUAGCCAGUCUGCAAAAGCUUGGCUGGGAACUUGAGACGGAAAACCCCGAGGAGCAAAAGGAUAUCGUCCGGCUGCGCGAGGUCUGUGCACAAUUGAUUAAGUACAAGGUCGAAGCCAUCCGGACCAAGCUCGAUAGAGUGUACCUCGAAGCCCUCAUUUCCAGCCAACGAUCCCGGGGCCCCAAUAUCGCAGAUGAGAACGAGUUGUCAGCCCUGCAGGAAGAGCUCGAAUCGCUCUUUGCCGAAAUUCUGCCAGUUGCGCAGAUGUCAGUUGAGCAACAGUUCCUCGAGCCGUCGCUCAAGUCUCUCUCUGGGAAGAAUGGGCAGAGUCUGGGUCGAUCCUUGACUGCUGUCAAUUACAUCCAUGACUGCAUGGACUUCCUCCUUGAACACAUCAGCCUACUGUCCCAACGACUCGAAGCCUUCCAAGCGCACCAGGCCGCCACCAACACACUGGCCACCAUGGCUCGACGCGAACUCGAGACCCCCGUACCGUUGCCUUCGUCGUCCAAGGAGUCGCAACGACCGGCAAAUACCUCUCCGACCCGACGAAGAAAAUCAUCAGUCCACGGCCCCUCGACCUCGCCCGUACGCGUUCGCGGCAUGCCCCAUUCCCGUCGACGUUCCUCCGGCGGUCUGAACAUCGACAUCCCACCUGUGGAGCAGAUCUUGCAGACGCUGGCCCUCAUGUUGCCGGAGCAAGAUAACCCCUCCCCUUCGCAGGCGGAGCGCAAAGCGCAGAUAGAAGCGCUCUCCACAGCUCUCCGUGAACGCGCCGCCAAGGCCGAUGACGUCGCUCACAACGUGCAGGAAGCGUUUGAGGAGACCACAUCGACGUAUCUCGGCGACAUGCGCAAGGCGGUGGCAAAGGUCAGAGAAAGCCUGCUCGCCGAAAGCACCUACGGCGACGUCACACUGACUGACCCGGGCAUCGACGGUUCGAUCGAAGUGCUCGCUCAGGAGGUGGACAAGAUUACGACCAGACUGGAUGGCGCAGACAAGGACAUGGCUAAGGCGAAGGGACCGAGUGCCAAACGGGAAGAGUUGAUUGCUCGGUGGGCCCGAUGA